AAAUUCCACGUGCUUGACGCUAGAGUAUAUAUGAAAAUGGCGCUUAUACAUCGAGUUAAUAUAAAUUUUGGAUUUGUAUUAAAUACAUUUUAUUGUAAAUGUAUAGUAAACAUAAAAAGAUGUAAAACAGAAUAUAAUAUUAAAAGUCAAACAAAUGUUAAGUAUGGUGAAAAUAUAACGUUUGGAGAUAUGCUUAAAUUUAGACAAACUCAAGCAAAAAAAUCUGUUUUAAUAGGGGUACCAGAAAAUUAUAUUUAUGAUAUGGAAAAAUAUUGUUUAAAACAUGUGAAUAUUAAAAAAAUAUUAUUUUAUAAUACAGAAACUAAUAGAUGUUUUGUAUUAAUGGAAUUAAUGACAGAAAAAGAUGUGGAAAUUUUUAGAAACAUGGCUUCAUGUAAAAUAAAUUCAAAUGCUCAUUCUGUUACACCAUUAUUUUUGUAUAAAGUUAGAAAUUCAAGUUAUAAUAAGCCAAUGACAAAAAAGUCAAUAAUGUUUAAACCUCCUAAUUUCGAUCAAAUCAAAGAAUCAUUGAAAAAUAAAAAUACUAUAUCGGAACAAAUGAUUAUUCUUCACCAUUUAUUGAAAAUUACAGACUUAGAUAUAAGAUUGAGAUUUUUUACUGCUGAACAAAUUUCUUAUUAUUUAUCUAGAUUAUUUAUGAAUGUAUCUGUCAUACCAUUUGGAUCUUCUGUUAAUGGUUUUGGUCAAAUAGGAUGUGAUCUUGAUUUAUUAUGUAAAACCGACAUAUCUAAUAUUAUAAAUAGUUCUACAAGAAAAUUUUUCUAUAUGUCACAACCUCUCCAUCUUGCAGACAGGAAUGAACAAAAAGAAUUCUUGGAUGCAAUAAGCACAAUAAUGAAAAUUUGUAUUCCUGGUAUUGACAAUAUAAAAAAAAUUCUUGAAGCACGAGUUCCUAUAAUUAAAUUUUUUAAUCAAACUACAAAUAUGCAUUGUGAUCUCAGUAGUACAAAUGUGAUUGCAUUACAUAUGUCUGAAUUGUUAUAUACAUAUGGAGAAUUGGAUUGGCGUGUUAAACCACUUAUUUGCACUAUUCGUAAAUGGGCAAGAAAUACGAAUAUAACAAAGGAUAUUUCAGGACAAUGGAUCACGAAUUUUUCUCUUACUUUGUUAAUUUUAUUUUAUUUACAAAUAAAAAAUAUAUUACCUUCUUUAAAAGUAAUAAAAUAUCACAUAAAAAAUUCAAGAAGAAGUUGGAGUAAUGAUUGGAAAAAUUCUAUAAAUUAUAAUAAUGAUUCUUUACAUAAUCUUUUAUAUGGAUUUUUCGAAUAUUACAGUAUUUUUGAUUUUAAAAUGCAAGCAAUUUGUAUAAAGGAAGGAAAACCUCGAGUGAAAAAAGAUUCAUCACCGCUGUAUAUUUAUAAUCCAUUUGAUGAAUCAUUAAAUGUUAGUAAAAAUAUCACUAUAUUUGAAUUAACGCGUUUGAUAGAUCACUUUCGAAAAGCAUUGCAAAUAUUAAUAGAAACAAGUGAAAAGGAUGCUAUUAUAAAAUUAAUUAAAAUUAAUUCGAUAUCGUCAAACUCGAUAGAGAUGGACGAUUGUAAAGAUAUCGAAAAAUCAACUGAAAUUGAUAAUAUUGAAAAAGAUAGUGAUACAUUUAAUCAAAAAGAAUCUUUAAACGAAUCUAUAAACAAAAUCAACGUUAAUGUUUUAGAAACAAUGGAAAAAAAUAUAAUAAAGUAAUAAUAAAUAUAUAAGUUUUAAUUAAUUUUUUCGCAAUCAAUUUUAUAGUUUAUUUAACUUGUAAGUAUAACUUUUUAUUAUAUUAUAUAAAUUGUAUUAUAUAAUUUGAUGAUCUAAAAAUCAUAAAAAGAUAAAAAUAUGGAAUUUUAUAAAUUUAUGUGAUAAUAAUGAAUAUUAUAAUAUUAUAAAUAUAUGCAUUUUAUUAAACAAAAAUAAUAUAAUUCAAAUUAAUACAACUAAAUCUGCAUCAAGUAGCAUUAAAAUGUAUAAAAUGCGUAUUAUUUUCAUUCUACGUUUCAUUCAAUGUAUAUUUUAAUGUAAUGUUUAUAGUGUUUAUGAUGAACAUUAAUAUAAAAAAUUCUAAUACAUUGUA